CAUCAUUCUCUCAUUGAACUCAUAACCUCUAUGAUCUAUCUCUGCCUCCCAGUGUUUUAGCCUUUGAAUAAUUCCCCAUUCCCCAAACCCUAAAAUAUGGAACCUACAAAUACACCGUUCAUAGCCAAGAAAUUAGGCAACAUGGUACGUCUAGUUUUGUUCACCUUACAAAAGGGUGUGUCCAAGAAAAAGUUGACGAUGAUGAAACAUGGGAAGAUCUUAGGCAAGUCUUUCAAUGAUUUCAUGGUCCGUCACCAAACUGCGCUUAGCUGCAAGUCGCACGACGUGCACGUGGCGUCGUUCGUGUACCCGUUGGAGUACGAGUUCAGCUGCACCAGCAGCCCGCCACGCAGGUCAUCCUACACUCCUCCGUGUCAAUCCGGCAAGGCGUACAAGGGCCGUUAUGUUAGGCAGCAUUCGCGGAGGGGAGCUUACGUGCCGAUGAUGUGCGAGGAUGCAUUGGCGACGGUUCAUGGGGUGAGGAAAGUGAAUUAUCGUUGCAGUGACGUGGUCGAGCCGCUGCCAAUGGUGAGGCGGGCGCGGGUGAGGAUAAGGGAGUGGGAGUCUUUGUUUCCGUUGAGUAGUGAUGAGGAGGAGGAUUACCACGUGGACAAGGCAGCCCAGGAAUUUAUUGACAAGUUUUAUAGAGAGUUAAUGUUGCAAAAGUGGAUGGCUGCAGGUCGAUACAGCUGAAGUAGGCCCUCGAGUUAAGAUGUGGAGAGAGAUUUCCAUGUAACAGGUACCUGAUGAUCAACGUCUUUGACUCUUUGGGAGGAUUUUCAUAUUGUUCGGCAUAGUACGUUAGCGUCUAAUAUGUGCAGUUCAUCUCGCUGAUCUUAACUGCUUUAUUAGAUCUAACGUAUUAAUUAAGCAUACUGAAGAUCGAAUCUCAUCUUUAUGUAGUUUGAGAGUGUAUUUAGUGAAGCAAUUAGAACUCAUGCUUUCCUUAUUGCAUGUACAGUUAAGACUUAGAGAACGGUUAGAACCCUUGCAUGUAUUAUGAAAGAGUAAUGUUAUUCAUACCAUGUUUUUAUACCAUAUUUUUAUAUCACUUUAGGUGGCUUCUGAUGUGGACAGUCACAUCAUUUGAAAAAUUUGCAAAACCU